AUGACAUUACUUCAUACUCUCAGCUACGCAGGAGCGGCCGCAGCUUUCCUGUUCGUUACACUCUCACUAGCCAGUGGCCUUCUGUGGCUCUCUGAACUGAUCGAGGAACAUUCACGCAUGGCGAAGGUGGUCGGAAAGAGAAGCAUAUACGCCGUUAUUAUCCUCCAUGUCCUGUUGUAUCUUUCCGACUCGUUGCCCCUCAAGCACAUCGUCUUUUCCAUAUUCUGCCACAUUGUCUACCUUCAAAACUUUACAUCAGGCUGGCCGUUCAUAUCACUGACAUCGAUCAGCUUCAUUGCAUCGUGUAUUCUCGUCAUCGCGGACCACUUCAUGUGGUUCUUCUACUUCGCGCGGCUCACCCAGGAUGCAAGACACAGAACUCAUCGCCCCUACGGCGCCCCAGCUAACUCUCCUAGGAUACCAGGCUUUGCAGAUAUUGCAACCUUCUUCGGCUUGUGUGUGUGGCUUGCUCCUCUGUUUCUGUUCCUGAGCCUCAGCGCAAAUGACAACGCUUUGCCGACGAAUACCGGUGGUCUCCCCUCGUCUCCCACUUCUCCUGUAAAACCCAUCAUGACCCGACCCCGCGCGUCGCUCUUCAAAUCUCUCUAUGAUACCCUGCCACGGGUCCGUCCGCGUACUCGCCGACGUGACGCUUCCGAAGGUAUCAUCGCACCGCGUUCUCCCAACCUGAGGCCCGCUGCAACGGUUUCUCCCUUGCAAACACCAACCCGCCUUGAGCCCAUGCAUCUUUACCUGACCGAGAGUCCUCGGACUCUGUACUUAGUGACCACUAAACAAGAGGAACGGAACGGACGGCCACGACGAGCUCUUGUAUUCCGCGCAUCGGAUGGCACGUCGUCCGAAACUGAGUCUCAGGCCGUCGUUCAGUUUUUGUCCAAGGAUGAUAUUGACUUGACGCUUGCCGUCAAGCUUACGGCAAAGAAUAUCAAAGGCUGUCUUGGGCUGAUCAAUAUAUCUAAUGAAAUAUUCGUUGUGUUGGUUUCUUCCUCCGUUGAGGUUGGAAACACACGCCCCUCGUCAGUCACCCCGGAAAGUGUUGCCCAGAUACAUGAAGCUGGCUUCUAUAGCCUAACAUCGUCAACAUGGGACGACCUUGCAACGGACAAUGCGCCCAGCCCUGGCUACUCAGAUGGACCUGAUAGCAUAAUGCGAGACUCGUACUCGCAGAGCGGAAACACCGUCUCUGUAUUCGAGCAUCCCUGCGCGCCGCUGAUCAAACUCAUCUCGGCCGGAACCUUCUACUACGCUGUUGAACCUCGGUGGGAUAUAUCCUCACGGCUGUCUCUUCGGAUUGGGCGCAAGACAGGUGGGGGAUCGCCCCUCGAUAUGGGUGUAUUCGAUGAACGGUUCGUCUGGAAUGAGUAUAUUGUGAGAAGCCUGCUCGACUUCAGGGAGCGACUCGACAUCCCGGAGCGUGAGGAAUUGGACCGAUCCCAUUUUAUAGUGCUUGCGACUCAAGGAUAUGUGGGUGUGUUCACAAUGCCGCUACCUGCACCACCCACCAAUGGUGGACCGACCGUCGCCACUGUAUCAUUGAUCUCCCGCUUGGGGUGGAAGCGCUCUGGCACACGCUUCAACACCCGUGGGGUGGACGACGACGGCAAUUGCGCGAAUUUCGUAGAGACGGAGACAAUCUUCAGUACAGACCAGCAUUGCUUUAGCUACGUACAAGUGAGAGGCAGCGUACCAUUAUUCUGGGAGCAGCAGGGGCUGCAAACAUUCGGACAACGAAUUCAGAUAACACGCCCCCAAGCGUCGCAGCCGGCUUUCGAUCGCCACUUGAUGCAACUCAUAGAGGAGUAUGGAUCCAUGCAUGCUAUCAACCUGCUCGGAAGCAAAGAAAACGAAGCGAUACUCACUACAGCAUACGGGCGACAUCUCAGGGCUGCCCAGGGUGUUUUGGGUGACACUAUUGGAAUAACAAACUUCGACUUUCAUUACGCCGUGAAAAUGGGAGGACACGAAAGCGUCAUUAAAGAUAUUCGGCGCCUUCCUACCGUCUCUGAUAACGUGGAUAAAUUUGGUUUCACGUUGGUCGACUCGUCUUCAGAUGAACUUGUCUGGGAUCAAAAGGGUGUCUUCAGAACGAACUGUCUUGACUGCCUGGACCGCACAAACUUUGUCCAAGACAUCCUAUCCCGCACGGUGCUUGAAAGCUAUCUCAUGCACACCAGACGGGAGUGGUCCACAUCCCCUAGCCUCUGGGGCCGCCAUCGCGAAUUAUGGGCAGAAAACGGCGAUGCGUUGUCACGCAUCUAUGCAGGAACAGGGGCUUUAAACACUAGUUUCACUCGCAGCGGGAAACGGACAUUAGCUGGCGUCUUGUCUGAUGCAACCAAAAGCGUAUCAAGAGCCUACAUCAACAAUUUCCAGGACAAGGGCAAGCAGGUUGCGAUUGAUAUGUUUGUGGGCAACUUUAGUAGUCAAAAAACAGUCACCAUCUACGAUCCUAUACACGAUUCCGUUCGUCGAGCUCUAGAAGCUAGGGUGUUUGAAUAUUCAACAACGAAGAGGUGUAGCCUGUUCAUAGGCACAUGGAACCUCAAUGGCAAGCCUCCAACUUCAGAGUCAUUGUUGCCUUGGCUAUACCCUCGGUCCGCGGACUACGACAUGUUUGUCUUGGGCUUCCAGGAGAUUGUGCCCCUCACUGCUCAACAAAUUGUGCAAGCCGAUCCCGAGAGACGACGAGCUUGGGAAACCAAGAUACUUCACGCAUUGAACCAGCGGCCGGACAAGAAGUGCGAAUAUAUUCUACUGCGCAGCGAACAGCUGGUUGGAACGGCUCUCCUAGUACUCGUAAAGUCGGAUCUGACUUCUGUCAUCCGACAAGUGGAGGCCGCAACGCAAAAGACUGGGCUUCGAGGAAUGUCCGGGAACAAAGGCGCGGUAGGUAUACGUCUCGACUAUCAUGACACCAGCUUCUGCUUCAUCACCGCACAUCUUGCGGCGGGACAUUCCAACGUCGAGGAACGCAAUGCCGAUUAUCGUACAAUUGCGCAUGGCUUGCGGUUCCAGAAAGGCAAGAUGAUUGAUAGCCAUGAGAAUGUCAUAUGGCUAGCUGAUACUAACUAUCGCAUCGAUCUGGAAAACGAGCGCGCUAGAUACUUGGCCACCUCCGACGACUACGAUGCCUUACUUGCUGCUGACCAGCUCAGACAGUCGAUAGACGAAGGGCUAGCAUUCUCGGGAUAUCAGGAAGGUCCCAUCUUAUUCCGUCCAACAUACAAGUAUGACUUGGGUACCGAUACUUACGAUACGGGGGAGAAGAUGCGGAUUCCUGCGUGGACAGAUCGGGUUCUGUUCAGAGGACCUCAGCUCGACCUCGCUGCAUACUCACGGGCGGAGCUCCGUAGUUCAGACCAUCGCCCAGUCUUCGCUUUAUUCCACGCCGAAGUAAAGAUUAUUGACCAAGUCAAACGUACUGCGCUGGCUCGUUAUUUGACUGACAAUGUCACCGCUACUGCGCCUGGAGAACCGUUAGAUGAGAAACUCGCCAGGCUAACUUUCUCUGAUGACGCCCGAGAUCGCGACCCGCCACGAAGUUCCAAGUCGAACCCAUUCGACUCGCCUACGGAAUCCCCUCUGUCGUCUUCCCCUUCAUCUUCUGAAGAACAAUUGUAUCAGGCAUCGACGCAGCAAAAUCCCACAGCGUCUAUGCAGGGUCGACGACCACCGCCACCGCCUCCGGCGCGGGGAAACAGAGCAAGCGGAAAGGAAGCGUCCUAA